AUUAUUUUCUUUAAAAAGAAGCUGUGUAUCUGUAUACACACCCAAUCAGAAAUGACAUGUUUGAGAAAAAUACACACACAAAAAAAAAACAGUUUAAAAGACAACGCACUUUCCUAUAGUUACAUACACACACCCGUUGUGAUAACCGUCCGCAAGCAUACUCAGACUACAAAAUGGCAGGUUGUAUUCAGACCUAUUACCAUUACACAACUCUUGAAGCGGCCAGAGCAAUAGUGCUGUCGGGGUACAUCGAACAAUCAAUUGACCUCACAACAGACGCCAGAUAUGGUGUCGGUGUCUACGUUACAGACAUGGGCCUUGACCAUACUCGGCGCACAGUAGCGAAUGCAAUCUUCGGCAAUGCCGCGCAUUACAUGUUGGAUAAGGGUAAACUGGAUGCCGUGAUAGAGCUUUAUCUGCCGAGCAAUAUAGUUAUCAGACCAGAUCUAAUGCUCAACAUUUAUAAAGUACAAGAAAGAGUUUCAUUAAACGCCACAAAUCACAGGGUUUAUGUGAGGGAUACAGAUGGAAAGUUUAUCGAAUACAAAUUCCAGUAGAAACUAAAACCCUCGAGCACGGGUACAGACGAUUCUUUUGUGUUUGCUCUGAACUAAAUGUUUAAUUUUCUCUUUUAAUUGUACAGACACAAAUAUCAAAUAUUCAAACUUGAAUGGUGGACAUUGUUUUAAUGAACUAAAAAUAUGAAAGAACCCCUAAAAUUCUAAAUGUUGAGACAGAGGAGGUAGCUGCCGUUACCACAUGCUUUGUAAACAUUUUCGUAUGUUUGUAUAACUGAAAAUUAAACACAUUAAAGAACAUGAAAUACUUGUGUUAAUUCUGAAUAGGUGCCACUGCUCAUAAGAACAAAAGGUACUACAUCUCGGACAAAGAGAGCCGUUGGUCGAGUGAGAACAAAAAUAAAAGACUCGUGGAUUCAUGGAAUUCGACUAAAGCUUUAUUAGGACUGUUAUAAUUACAAGUGUACUCCGAUGGCUAAACAAGAACAGCAUAAAAACAAAAUUUCUCAAUCAAACUGGAUACAGGCCUGUCUUCAAUAACAAGACAAUGUAUAGAUGAUACUAAAUCAGACUAGAUACAGGCCUCUUUUAAUCAGUCUCAGCUCUCAAGACAGGUCUAAAGUAUGAUCUUUUUGAUGGGUGACGAAAUUAUGUUGUAAAACUUGUGUGAUCACUUAAAGUUGGAUUAAAGAUUUCCACAAUAUGUAGACAGAACUUUGGUAAUCUAACCGAUUGGUAAAUGUAGAAAUGGGGAAAAACAAUACAUCGCAUCAUCAAGUGAAUUACAGGUUGUGUAAAGUCUUUGCAUGACGCUAUUGCCAUUCUCCAAAUGUUAGGGAAUCUUUAUUUUUCUUUUUUUCUUUCUUUUUUUUAUCAUUUUAAAAUAUGAAUUCAGUUGUAGAUAGAAUUAUUUUGAUGGCUGUUGCAAUUUCAAUGGAUUCCAGUCAAACCUCGAUUAUUUCGAACUUCGUUGAUUCGAAUUUCUAGCUGUAUCGAACUUUUGCUUGGUCUCCAAUUUCCUCACUAUAUAACACUACUAAGGAACCUAUGUAUGA